AUGCCCACCAACGGGACCAACAGUGCUCCCGCUCGCCGCCCUGAUGAGCCCAUCGUGAAGGUUCAACCUCCUCGUCGCGAAGACUUGCAGCCCAGCUACGCUCGAGUUAUCGAGCCAGAUGAUGCUGAUGCUGACAACCACGGUUGGUACGGUGGAAUGGUCAAUGCUCUUGGUGGAAUCGUUGGUACCCUCGGCGCCAUUCCCUGCUGUAUCUGCUGCCCGAACCCAUACCAGCCUGUGAACCAAGGAAAUGUUGGUCUCGUCACCAAGUUUGGUCGAUUCACUCGCGCCGUCGACCCCGGUCUUGUUUACGUCAACCCUCUCUCCGAGAAGCUCGUCCAGGUCGAUGUCAAGAUCCAGAUCGUCGAAGUCCCCAAGCAGGUCUGCAUGACCAAGGACAACGUCUCUCUGCAGCUCACUUCAGUCAUCUACUACCGCAUCACCUCGCCCCACAAGGCCGCCUUCAGCAUCUCCAACAUUCGCCAAGCGCUCGUCGAGCGUACACAGACGACACUCCGCCACGUUGUCGGUGCCCGUGUACUCCAGGACGUUAUCGAGCGCCGUGAGGAGAUUGCGCAGUCGAUCCGCGAAAUCAUCGAGGAGACAUCCGCCGGCUGGGGUGUCGAAGUCGAAUCCAUGCUCAUCAAGGACCUCAUAUUCAACCAGGAUCUGCAGGACUCGCUCUCCAUGGCCGCCCAAUCCAAGCGCACUGGUGAGGCCAAGGUCAUCGCUGCCCGCGCUGAAGUCGAGUCCGCGAAGCUUAUGCGUCAAGCCGCCGAUAUCUUGUCUUCUGCUCCUGCCAUGCAGAUCAGAUACCUCGAGGCUAUGCAAGCAAUGGCCAAGACUGCUAACAGCAAGGUUAUCUUCCUGCCCGCUCAGAAUCAAACCGUUCAGAGCGCGCUCGCGCAGGCUGAUGCUGCUGGUGAAGGGCCGAGCAACUACAACGCCGGCUCCAGCAUGGGUAUCCAGAGUUCUGCGGAGCAGGAGUACGGCCAAGGCAACCAUGGCUUUCAGAGCGCGAUCAAUUCGAGGGUCAUUGAGACCAUGUAG